GAAAGCAGAGAGAGAGAGAGAGAGAGAGAGAGGACUGGGCGGUGCGGCUCCGGCUCGGUUUUUUUUUUAAAGGGAAGCUGCUCCGAGGCAAGAUGACUGAUGUUUGGCAGGAGGCCAUGGAUCACGCUGUGACUGUGGCCCGGAAAGCAGGAGAGAUUGUCAGGGACGCUUUGGAGAAUGACAUGAAGAUCAUGUGCAAAAGCUCUUCAGUGGACCUGGUCACUAAAACUGACCAGAAAGUAGAGCAGCUCAUCAUUGCUUCUGUAAAGGAGAAGUUCCCCAAUCAUGGCUUCAUUGGAGAGGAGUCGGUGGCUGCUGGACAGCCGUGCAUUCUGAACGACAAUCCCACCUGGAUCGUUGAUCCAGUAGAUGGAACCACUAAUUUUGUGCAUGGAUACCCAUUUGUUGCUGUUUGCAUUGGCUUUGCUGUCAAUAAAACGUUAGAGUUUGGUGUGGUGUACAGCUGUAUAGAGGAUAAGAUGUACACUGCGCGUCGGGGGAAGGGAGCAUUCUGCAACGGAGAACCUCUCCAGGUAUCAGACCAGAAGGAGAUCAACCAGUCAAUCAUUGCCACAGAGUUCGGAUCAAACAGAGAUCCUGAAGUGGUCGACAAGAUUUUCUCCAACAUGAGGAAGAUUCUCUGUCUGCCAGUGCACGGGAUACGUGGUGCCGGCUCAGCUGCGAUAAACAUGUGUUUGGUUGCCGCUGGCUCCGUGGAGGCGUACUACGAGAUCGGGAUUCACUGCUGGGACUUUGCGGCUGCUGCUGUGAUUGUGGAGGAGGCAGGAGGAGUUCUCUUGGAUUUUGAGGGAGGACCAAUGGACCUGAUGUCUAGAAGAAUCAUUGCAGCUAACAACAAGUCGAUAGCAGAAAGAAUCGUUAAAGAGCUGGAGGCCUAUCCUGCUGUCAGGGAUGAUGCUCCUCUAGACACAAACCCAUGAAGCUGCUAAAUCUAUUUACCAAAUACUGAAAUUGUUAUUUUGUUUGUAUAAAAAGUGACAACCAUGUUCUCACUAAUUGUAUACAACUUACAGAUGCUCUGAUUUGUAUAGUGAUAAGUGAUAUAUCUGAGUGAUAAAUCAGUGUCUUUUUAAGUAUAUAAAAUGUAUACAUCUAC